CCUUGUCCGGGCGCUAGCGCGGCACGAAAGGCCUACCGCUGGACCGCACCGUUAUUUUUGACGUGCCACGAGCUGCGACGAAACAAAUCCGCAUCGAUUUCACUCACAGACAGUCAGAAAAAUCAGCAUGGCAGCACAGCCAUCCCCAGCACCCGGCGCAGAGGCAGCACCACAGCCACCACCGGAACGCGUCAAGCUCCACUUCAAAGCCGUCGGCUCCGCCCCCUUAUUACGAAAACCAAAACUCACGGUAAACGGAACAGAGCCGUUCCACGCGGUGCAGACGUUCCUCGCGAAGCAAUUACAAUUACCUCAAACGGAGCGCCUUUUCCUCUACUGCGACAGCGCCUUCUCGCCUGUCCCUACCGAGCCCGUCGGCCACCUCUACGCCUGUUUUGGAAGAGGCGGCGAGCUCGUCGUCAACUACGCGACGACGGGCGCGUACGGGUGAAGCGACGCAACUUGUUGUUUGUAAGUGUUGU